AUGAUCAUACGCUGCAUGCUCGAGAAACAGCAAAAAUGGCUAGUUCACGGUUUGCAGGAAAUAUGUCGACCUAUGUGUGAGGGGGGUGGUAACCUUGGAGGGCCGUUGGCAUGCAGAUCCAAUGGCCAACCUUCAACGCAUGAUUUACUCACCAGAUUUGGUGUGGUGAACCGUACUAGAGGACAUAAUUUUGAUGAUCACAAUAUCCUCUUACAAAACGGAAGUUUGCGAAUCAAAACGAAGUUGAAGUGUCAGUUAUCUGAUGGGAAUUUCAAUGAUAACUCUGAUUUAAACUCAGAGAAGAGCCCCCCAGGGAGCGCAACAGCCCAUGAGUCUUUCUCAUACCCUCGGGUAUUUUCUGCCAGGCAUACCAUCUGA